AUGGCUCUCACCCCAGGCCUUGUGUAUGUGCUGAAAAGCCUGCGCGUCUGGUCGGCCCCACCGAUAGCCCUUUAUAUCUUGUCGAGGAUCCUCAGCGCCGUCGACAUCAACGUUUCAGGCCUGCUGCUGAUAUCGACUUGCGUACUCCUUCCUCCGGCGAUCCUGCUAGUGCGGUAUCACCUCCUUCGAUGGAAAGACCGCCGCGAUGCUGCAGCAGUUGGUGCAAUUCUUCCUCCUGAACUCAAAUCCGCGUGGCCAGCUGGACUUGGGCUGGACUUGAUGGCAGCCAUGAAGAACUCUAUUGUCGAUGUCUAUCCCGGUCUGGACACUCUUCUCGACCCUGCAUACCUGGAGCUGAUGCAAACCUUAGGUCUGAACUUCAGGAAGUGGUCCAAUGAAUAUGGUAAUACCUGGCGAAUCACAGUCGCAGGGGACACUCGAUACUUCACUUGCGAGCCUGAUUAUGUGAAGGCUAUGCUUGCGACGGAUUUCGGAAGCUUCCAUAAAGGGCCGAAUGUGUUGCAUCAAAACAAUUCAGUGCUAGGAACUGGCGUGUUCAACGCGGAUGGCGAUCUGUGGAAAUUCCAUCGUGGUAUGACAAGACCCUUCUUCAGCAAAGACAAGAUUAGCCACUUCGAGUUGUUCGACUCGCAUUGUGAUGACGCACUGUCUCAAAUGCGAGAGCGGCUUCGCCAAGGCUGCCCUGUCGACUUCCAGGACCUUGUACAUCGCAUCACUAUGGACUGCGCUACCCAGUUCCUAUUCGGCAAGGAUGUUUGCUCGCUCUCUGCGGGUCUCCCUUAUCCGAACCAGCCGGAGGACCUAUCGCACCCUGCAAAUGCUUUUGCUCACGCGUUCCUUCGCGCUCAGAGUGUGAUUAUAGUCCGUGCCCGACUUGGGAAGACGUGGCCGCUUGGGGAGUUGUGGGGAGAUGCCAGUGCAUCGCACAUGAAAAUCAUAUAUGACUUCGUGGACCCUCUCGUGACGGAGGCGUUGGAGAGGAAGAGGCGAGGAAUCUUGCUCGACAGCCCAAAUGCAGAGAAGCCUGGCGAACAAGAUGUUCUUCUUCAUCAAAUGGCCGAGGCUACGAACGACCGCGUCAUUCUCCGCGAUGAAAUCAUGAACAUGAUGGUCGCGGGUAGAGAUACGACUGCGUCUACGGUCACAUUUGCCGUGUAUAUGCUUGCUGAACACCCUCAGGUUUUGCACAAGUUGCGCUCAGAAAUCCUGUCAAGACUCGGCGGCCAAAGACGACCGGAACCCGAUGACUUCAGGCAGAUGAAGUAUCUCAGGGCCGUCAUCAAUGAAACGCUGCGGCUCUUCCCCAUUGUGCCUUUUAACAGCAGAGAAAGUAUCAAGCCGACCACAUGGCCAUCCAAGUCCGGCGGACCACCUAUUUACAUCCCAGCAGGCACGCGAUGUCUUUAUUCCGUUUUGUUGAUGCAUAGAAGAUUCGACCUGUGGGGUCCAGAUGCUCUCGACUUCGAUCCUGACCGCUUUCUUGACCAACGAGUGGAAAGACUCACCAGGAAUCCGAUGAUGUUCCUCCCAUUCAACGCCGGCCCGCGGAUCUGUCUCGGCCAGCAGUUCGCCUAUAACGAGGCUUCGUUCAUUCUCGUUCGUCUACUGCAAGGCUUCUCGAACAUUCAAUUGGCCUUGGACGCACAACCGGUUGACAGUUUACCGCCGGCGCGUUGGAAAGAUCCCGGGGAGGUACCCUUCAGACAAGAGAGGGAGAAGGUGAUGCCAAACACGCAUCUGACGUUACAUGUGAAGGGUGGACUAUGGGUUAGGAUGAAGGAGGCUCAAGGAGGCGAGGUUUUGACAGUGCCAACCCCUUCGAAGAGUGACCUGGGUCAUCUGUGA